AUGCUUUGUCCAGUUGAAUUCAACGAUAUUACAGAAGCUGGUUCAGUUUAUAUUGUGAUACAUAAGCCGAACGAAGAAGAUAAAAAAUGUGAAAUCGAAAAAAGAAAACGUUUUUCGGUAGCCAUUGAUGUUACUGGAUCGUCGACAACAACUAAAUUCGUUGCGACUCAUAUUGACCUGUACGUGGCGAGUUUAACUGAUUAUACGACUUAUAUAGAUUCUAUGUUUAAAAUUCGAAUAUGGGAUCAUUAUUUCUUAGUGAAGAAAGUUGGAAAAAUUCCACUAGCUGAUAUUCAAGCAUUUCCUACACCAAAUCAUUUUGCAAAAGAAAUCGAGCAUCGGCUGAUUGCAAAUGUGCACGUUUCGUUAUGUAGAUUAAAUGGAAGUGCUAAAUGGUCAAGUACAUUAAAUUGUCAAACAUUUACACGACAAUGUAUUGAAUAUUUGCAAAUGGAUUUUCCUCAAGAUAUUACCAUCAUCAGUGAUGUUAUGCCUACAAUGGUGAAUUUAUAUUUAAAUGGAUCGUUAUUAACACACCAAGCAAUUGAAAAAUCAAAUGAGGCAUUAACAAAAUGA